AUGGACAUACCUAUAUGUUUUUCCCAGUAUUUUAUGAAUAAGCAAAAUGUUAGAUCGUUUCAAAAUAUAUUUAAUAUUAAUUUAUUUAAAUCGGCCGAAAAUGAAGAAUAUAUUCAGAACGUCCUUCAAGAUUCGGUAAGUGAAAUAUCUCAAGGAUUGCGUGAUGUAUUAAAUACCUUGAGAAUCAAUAUUUUGAAGUACUGUCAACAAGAUUUUAAAGAAGUGUUUGAACCUCCAGGACAAACGAAGACAUUGUGUCCUGUUGAUAAAGGAUAUAUUUUUAAUGGUUGCUCGUCAGGAUUGUUUAAAAUUAUACCGAAAGCGCUCUUUGGAAAUAACCAUAAUUUAAAAAUAUUUCAAAAGUGUUUGAAAACCAUAGUUUACAGUAUGAGGAAACAACAUUUAAUUUUCACAAUGCUUAUAAAAAAAUGGAACUAUAAUGUGGGACUAUGGACUUCUUUCGAAUUGAAUAUUGCGCAGAAUAUUCUGAUAUCCGUGUUAGUGUGGGUAUUCAAAAAUAUUUUAUCGGCAAUUAUUUGUCUUAAUUUUUAUGUAACAACCUGUAAAAUAGACGCGGACGAGAAUAAACUACAUUAUUUUUGGAAAUAUCAAUGGCAAAGUUUUUACGAUAAAGAAAUAAAUAAAUUGCUAGUUCGACGUGCUAUAAGAAAAUAUGAGCCUUACUGUCUAGGCAAAAAAGUUAAAAAAAGAUUAAUAUCUCAACAAUGUCUGGCAAUUAAAAACAUCAGAAGGGAUAUACCGAAACUACACUUUAUCUUAAAGCCAAAUAACGAAGUUAGACCAAUCGUUCGAUACAAAAAUGGGAUAUUGAGUAUUUCGGAAAAAUAUAAAAUCAAAGAAAAAUUGUUGUUCCUGAAAUUUUUAAGUGGUCAGGGAGGUCGAAAAUUAGAAACUCAGUUUUUAACAUUGCAUUCAGAUUGGUUGAAACGAAAUAAACCAAAAUUAUAUUUUAUUAAAGCUGAUUUACGCAAUGCUUUUGGAUCUAUCAAUAAGUCGUUACUCAAAAGAAUCAUUUCGGAGAAGAUGGAAGAUUUUAAGAAAGAAAAUUCUUAUUAUUUUAAAAAAUUCAGUGUGCAAUACAAAGAAUUGUUGGCUGAACUCCAAAAGCCCAUAUAUGUUCGAGCUGGUUCCACAAUUUUUACUUGGCAAUCUGGAUUAGUCCAAGGCUACGUAUAUUCACCUGCUUUAUCUGAAUUGUAUUAUUCAUACUUAGAUAAAUUAUAUUUUUCGGAACAUCUUGCACAAAGUGAAAAUCAACUAAAACUUUUUACUAGAAUUGUCGACGACUAUCUCUAUAUUACUGAUUGUUUAGAUGACGCUUAUGCGUUCAUAAAUGCACUGUCAAAUUACAAAAAUGUUAACUACAACAAAACUGCAGUUAAUUUUGAAUACCCAGGUAUAAACUAUAGUGAUGUCAUACAAUUCGUGGGAUACACGUAUAAUACGCAAAAUUUAGUUGUGAACAGAGCGCGUAAUAUUUAUGCUGGUCAUAUGUGUUAUAAAAUAACAUUCUCCCAAUCGAUCAGCAAUAUAAAUACGUUUUUAGAGAGCAGAAUUGGCCAGACUGGUAUCCCAAUAAAUACUCUUUUAUUUAAUUUAAAUAACAUCGACGAGGAGAUACUAUGGCGCAAUAUUUUCGUCACAUUUUGUAUAUCCGCGAAUAAAUUUUGUACAAUACUUUCGAUAUUGUGUGAGGACAUGUUAGACUAUUUCCCAAUUUAUAAAAGGCAAGUUAGUGUGAAGCUUUCCAACUCUAUAAUAAAAGCAUUGUCUCGAAAUAAACCCAACGAUUAUAUGUUCAUGUACUGCAUAAAUCAUUUUCGGUAUUUGUCGUAUAAAGCCUUAUUGCUAUGUGCUAAAAAGACACCCAAAUGCUGUAACCUUGUAAGCCAUAUAAACGUGGAAUUAUCGAAAAGUAAUUGUCUAUUCGGUAAAUGGCGGGACCAUGCAUCUAGAAUAAGUAGAAAUGGCGAUUCACAGAAACCGGCUAUAAAAAUUAUAUGCAGAAGAACAGAUUUGAGAAGAAUUACGAAGACAUUUGAAGAUCUGCCAACAGGUUUUGAGUGCUAUAAGAAUAUGUAUGAGGUGUGA